UGUUUAGAUCCUAAUCUGAUCCAGUCCGCCAGCGCUUUGACAGGACAAGAGCCGGGGACUGAGGGCAUCAAACCAGGCCAGGCGCCUUCCGCAACAGAUGCAAACAAUUUUAUCAACUUCUGCAAAGGGCAGAAAAUUACCAAUGGUGUUCAGGUUAAGUCCGGCUCAUGCAACCCCAUUCCCAUGGGCCGGAUCCCUGCCACAUCCAACAUGAUCUCGGCCAUGAUCACCAGCCCCCAACCCGGUCAGGCACUUACAGCCGGCACUACGUUCAACGUCCAAGUGCAGACUUCGCAUCUGCGUGCCGGCAACUUUGUCAAUCCCACUACCAACUAUUAUACUGCUCCGCAAGAUCUCGACCAGAAUGGGGACAUCAUCGGCCACUGUCACGUCACUAUUCAAGAUAUUGGCUCGCUUAAGUCGACUGUGCCCCCCGACCCAAGUCGCUUCGUCUUCUUCAAAGGUAUUGACGAUGCUGGAAAUGGACAGGGACUGCUCCAGGCUGUAGUUGAAGGCGGAUUGCCUGCAGGCGUGUAUCGCGUGUGCACCAUGAUUGCAGCGCAGAACCACCAGCCCGUGACGAUGCCAGUUGCUCAACGAGGCGCUCAGGAUGACUGUACCAAAUUUGAGGUU